CUAAGCGGCUUUCACCUGGCCGAUUACGAACCUUGGUCAUCGACCGACUGAUCCUCGAUUUUCGCGGCGUCCAGUGAUUUCGGUGGCCGUCGUUUCUGAUGCGGCACGCACCGGUCAACGCUUCCCGCGGGGAAAUGUUUCCAUGAGAUCGAGAAAAACGGGUUCAAGAUACGUGCCGUUGACCUCGUAGAAUCGCGACGUUCUAUCGGUUUUCUGGCAGGUUUCACUUUCGUCCAAGAAUGUCGAAAAAUCAGCAACAAAAUGGAAUGAUGCCAGGGGGAGCAGCGAUGGCGGGCGCUGACGAUUUUUCCGAUGGCGAGAGUACACCAUUGACUCAAGAUUAUGGCGACAGUCAAAGGACGGUCGUGGAAACGAAAGGAUGGGAUGUGUUUCGAAAUCCACCGCCGAAAAUCGAUUCCGGAUCGAUGGCCAAUCAAAGAUGUUUCGAAAUGACGGUACAAGUAACGAAGGUUGUCGUCUAUCUGUUAGUAUUUGUGAUAGUGUUGGGAAGCGGUGUGGUUGCCAAAGGAACGAUACUGUUUAUGACGUCUCAGUUGAAAGCUGAUCGAAAAAUCGUUCACUGCAAUAAGGACUUAGGACUCGACAAGGAAUACGUAUCAGUAUUAUCAGAAGAAGAAAGGAUAGCAUGGAUCUGGUGCAUAAUCAUAGCGUUCGCCGUGCCAGAAUUCGGCACACUGAUUCGAAGCAUUCGAAUAUGCAUCUUCAAGUCCUGGAAGAAGCCGCUCGUAUCUCAUUUUCUUCUGGUGUUUCUCAUGGAAACGUUCCACGUGGUUGGUCUUGCUUUAAUGUUCAUGGCAGUGCUCCCCGAUUUGGACGUCGUUAAAGGAGCCAUGUUAACCAACUGCGUGUGUUUCGUGCCGGGUUUAUUAGGACUUCUCUCUCGCAAUAAAACCAAAGACGAAUCCAAGAGAUUCGUGUUGGUGCUGAUCGAUAUUGCUGCAUUAGCCGCGCAAGGAACAAGUUUCUUCCUUUGGCCAUUAUUGGACAGUUCCCGACCAUCGCUAUGGCUCAUACCACCAUCUUUGUUCCUGGUUUCCUGUGGCUGGUGGGAAAAUUAUGUUUCGAUACAAAGUCCGAUCGGAUUUGUUAAGUCCCUAGGCAAAGUGAAAAAGGCACUGCGGCUAACACGAUACUUCACUUACAUGUUCAUGUCGGUAUGGAAAAUCUUGGCGUUCUUUAUCAGCAGUUUAUUGAUACUGCACAUGAGAGGAGAAAAUGUCGGACAUUUAUUCUCGAUGUUAAGUAACGCUUUUGGUAGCCAUAAAUACGAAGUAUGGCAAGAGGUUUCCACCAGAGUCACCGAUAUUGCAGAUUUGGUUGAUAAUGGCGUGAGAAUAUCGAGAGAUGCAGAUGUGAACACGCCUAUUUAUGUUCUACUGUUGCAGAUAUUCGGUGCUUAUUUUGCGUAUGUUUUUGGUAAAUUCGCAUGCAAAAUUCUGAUACAGGGAUUUAGUUACGCCUUUCCCGUAAAUCUGACAAUUCCGGUAUCGAUCUCUUUGUUGAUCGCUGCUUGCGGCUUGCGGAACAGCGACCCUUGCAUAUUCCACGACACAAUCCCGGAUUAUUUGUUCUAUGAAUCGCCACCGUUUCUCAACGAUUUCGUUACGAAGCAAUAUGCCUGGGUAUGGUUGCUCUGGCUGUUGUCGCAAACGUGGAUCACGUUGCAUGUGUGGACACCUAAAUGCGAACGUCUUGCCGCCACGGAGAAGCUUUUUGUUGUACCGAUGUACAAUUCCUUGUUGAUCGAUCAGUCGAUGGGGCUGAACCGGAAACGGGAUGAUCAACCUGAGGUGAAAGUCGAGGAUCUGGCGGAGAUAGAAAAAGAAAAAGGGGACGGGGAUUACGAGACCAUAUACGAACAGACCGACGGAUCAACUACACCACCGUCGGCUGUAAAAAGCAGCGAUCACGUAACGAGAAUAUACGCUUGUGCAACGAUGUGGCAUGAGAACAAAGAAGAAAUGAUGGAAUUCUUGAAGAGUAUCCUACGCCUGGACGAGGACCAGUGUGCCCGACGCGUUGCCCAAAAAUAUUUGAAAGUUGUCGAUCCGGAUUACUAUGAAUUCGAAACUCACAUCUUUUUCGAUGACGCGUUCGAGUUAUCGGAUCACGAUGAAAACGAGUCUCAGGUGAACCGGUUCGUGAAAUUGUUAGUGGGCACAUUGGAUGAGGCUGCAUCAGACGUUCACCAAACGCGAAUGCAUGUUAGAGCACCGAAGAAAUAUCCGACACCUUAUGGUGGCAGAUUGGUGUGGACUCUUCCAGGGAAAACGAAGAUGAUUGCUCAUUUGAAGGAUAAGAGUAAAAUUCGUCACAGGAAGCGAUGGAGUCAGGUCAUGUACAUGUACUACUUACUGGGACAUCGAUUAAUGGAGUUACCAAUUAGCGUAGAUCGUAAAGAAGUAAUCGCGGAAAAUACUUAUUUAUUGACACUCGACGGAGACAUUGAUUUCCAACCUGCCGCUGUGAAACUGCUCGUAGAUUUGAUGAAGAAGAACAAGAACCUUGGUGCAGCUUGUGGUCGAAUUCAUCCAGUUGGUUCAGGUCCAAUGGUGUGGUACCAAAUGUUCGAAUACGCUAUCGGCCAUUGGCUGCAAAAAGCAACCGAGCAUAUGAUCGGCUGUGUGCUUUGUAGUCCCGGUUGUUUCUCGUUAUUCAGAGGUAAGGCUUUAAUGGACGACAACGUGAUGAAGAAAUACACAACGAGAUCGGACGAAGCCAGACACUACGUUCAAUACGAUCAAGGGGAAGAUCGAUGGCUUUGUACUCUUCUUCUGCAACGGGGUUACAGGGUCGAAUAUUCAGCAGCCAGCGAUGCUUACACACACGCACCGGAGGGCUUCAAUGAAUUUUACAAUCAACGUCGUCGAUGGGUUCCCUCUACCAUUGCUAACAUAAUGGACCUCCUGAUGGACGCGAAACGAACGAUCAAAAUCAACGACAAUAUAUCUCUUCCAUACAUUUCCUAUCAAAUUUUGCUUAUGGGUGGAACAAUUUUAGGACCAGGCACGAUCUUCCUUAUGUUGGUCGGUGCUUUCGUGGCGGCUUUCAAAAUCGACAACUGGACAAGUUUCUAUUAUAACAUUAUCCCCAUCCUGUUGUUUAUGAUCGUAUGUUUUACGUGUAAGGCAAACAUACAACUUUUGUGUGCGCAAAUAUUAUCGACAGGAUACGCAUUGAUAAUGAUGGCCGUGAUAGUAGGUACGGCCCUGCAACUUGGAGAGGAUGGCAUCGGGUCACCUUCGGCCAUAUUCUUGAUAUCACUGUCUAGCUCGUUCUUUAUAGCCGCCUGUUUGCAUCCGCAAGAGUUUUGGUGUAUCGUGCCAGGCAUCAUUUACCUUCUCUCGAUUCCUUCCAUGUAUCUCCUUCUCAUCCUGUACUCCAUUAUCAACUUGAAUGUCGUCUCCUGGGGAACCCGCGAAGUCCAAGUGAAAAAGACUAAAAAGGUUUUCUUUGCAGCAGUGAUCAGCACCUUCUACGCAAUGGUUAUGGUCGCAGUAAUAGUUGGGAUUGCAAUAAGUAUUUCUGAAGAUGGCGGUUUCUCGCCAUCAGCGAUGUUUCUUGUGUUAAUGAUAGGUCAAGUGGUGAUAGCUGCACUAUUGCACCCGGAAGAAAUACACUGCCUGAUAUACUUCGCUAUUUAUUUUAUAUCCGUUCCUUCGAACUACGUGCUGCUUAUUAUUUACGCGGUCUGUAACCUCAAUGACAUUACGUGGGGCACUAGGGAGGUCGCUACUAAAAAAACUGCCGUGGAACUUGAACAAGAAAAGAAGGAAGCCGAGGAGGCGAAACGGAAAGCGAAACAAAAGUCUUUGUUAGGUUUCCUACAAAAUGGCGUAGGGUCAAACGACGAUGAAGAAGGAUCGAUAGAAAUCUCUUUGGCAGGAUUGUUCAAAUGCAUGUUCUGUACGCAUGGUCAGACAUCCAAUGAGAAACAACAAUUGGUCGCCAUUGCUGAGUCACUGGAACAAGUUGGCAAACGGUUGGAAGCCAUUGAAAGGACUGUGGAUCCUCAUGGACACUCAGGACGAAGGCGUGCAUCCUCCGUGGGUUCUCGAACCGCCAAUCACUUGGGUGACAUCGGGGAGGAUCCUGCAGAGGAUCAGGAUGGCAAUAGUGAUGCAGAGACAGUGACUAGUCAAAAUACGGAAGGCAAUCGAGAGGGUAGUAAUUUCCUUAGCAGACCUUAUUGGUUGAAUGACGAUGGACUGAAAAAGGGUGAGAUCGAUGUACUGUCCCUUCAGGAAGAACAAUUCUGGAAGGACCUUUUGGAGAAAUAUUUGUAUCCUAUUGAUGAGGACAAAGCUGAAAAGGCCCGAAUCGCCAAAGAUCUAAAGGACCUCCGUGACCAGAGCGUGUUCGCGUUUUUUAUGAUGAAUGCCCUCUUCGUCCUGAUCGUGUUCCUCCUGCAAUUAAACAAAGAUUUGUUGCACGUGAAGUGGCCUUUCGGUAUCAAGACGAACAUCACCUAUGACGAAAGCUCGCAGGAGGUACACAUUACGAAGGAGUAUCUACAACUCGAACCAAUCGGGCUGGUUUUCGUGUUCUUCUUCGCCCUCAUAUUGGUUAUUCAAUUUACGGCGAUGCUGUUCCAUCGAUUUGGCACGUUCGCACAUAUUUUAGCCAGCACCAGCUUGGAUUGGUACUGCUGCAAGAAGACAAAGGAUUUGUCGGAAGAAGCAUUGUUAUCGAAACACGCGGUGGAAAUAGUGAGAGAUUUACAAAGAUUAGAUGGAAUGGAGGGUGAUUAUGAGGAAGGCAGUGGUAGCGGUCCCGGUCGAAGAAAGACGAUAAGAAACCUCGAAAAGAGUCGCAGAAAGACGCAGGCAAUCAAUACCCUCGAUGUCGCUUUCAGACAGCGAUUCUUUAGCCUGUCAGAAGGAAACGGUUUACCAAGAAAUAUGUCAACAAGACGUUCAGCGAAAGCAUUCAAGGCAUUCGAGGGACGCAGAAACAGCAUAAUGGCGAUGAGGAGGAAAUCGCAAAUGCAAACCUUAGGAGCGAAUAAUAUUUACGGAGUAGCAGGGAAUCCUUUAGGAAUUCAAGGUCGUCCAUCGAGAAGUAGCCAGAUUUCUGUUAAAGACGUGUUCGAGGGACACGCUGGACACACGAAUUCUGCUUACGAGCCCGACGAGAAUUCCGGAAGUAGCCUCAGGCUUCACAACUUAGGUCAAAAAGAAAAACGAUAAUGGCCAUUUCCACGUAACAUUCAACGGACCGAAAGUGAAAUA